AUGUGUAUACUAUAUUUGUAUAGAAAAUCGACUGUUUUCAGUCUUCUCCUUCGAUUUUAUGAUCCUCAAAAAGGUACCAUCCUUCUCGAUGGUCGUGACUUACGCGAUUUCAAUGUUCAAUGGUUACGAUCGAUUAUCGGUAUCGUUCAACAAGAGCCCAUUCUUUUCAAUCUAAGUAUCCGAGAAAAUAUCGCUUAUGGUCGAUUGGGAAGACCAGUAACGGACGAAGAGAUCUAUCAUGUUUCGAAACUUGCAAAUAUUCAUGAUGCUAUUAUCAAUAUGCCCGAGGGCUAUCAAACAAUAUGCGGUUCAAGAGGUUCGCAAUUGAGUGGAGGUGAACGGCAGCGUGUUGCAAUUGCGCGAGCUCUUCUUCGUCAACCAAUUUUAUUUCUAUCUGAUGAAUCUACUGCCGCUCUCGAUAAUAUCUCGGAGAAAGCAAGAGACUUCAAAAUAACUACUAUAAUGUCGUUUAUUUCACUUUGUAGCUUGUUCAACAAGCACUAG